AAUAUCUUCAUCCUGUAUAAUUAUGAAGAAGUCUUCUUCUCAAAGGAUAUUAGUUACAUAAGAUGAGUUCUUAAGAAUUCAAUCUUAUGCCAAUAAAUCAAUUUAACCUCAUUCCAAAGCCAGAAUCAAACAAAAACCAAAACCAGAAUAAUGUCAAUUCAAACCAGAAGUAUUAAUACAUUUACCUCUAGAUUAACAAAUAAUCAAUCAAUUUAUAGAGAACAAUAAGUGAUCUCUACAGAUGGAAUCAAAAUAAAAUGCAAAAAAUACACCAAAUAAAAGAAGAAGAAGUAUUCAUCCAUCAAUUAUCUAGACUCGAGAAAUCUAAAAUAAUGCCAAUAGAUUGACUCAUGAAGUCACUUCUUCAUCUGUCUUUGAAAGACUUUAUCAAAUCAGAAAAAGUAGCGCCUUCACUCUAUGUAAUUAUCCACAUUAAGUUAGAAUAAUCAAAAAGAAAUACCCAUAGCGAUUAACCGUAUUAUACUAAAAAUAUGACCAAAUCGAUGUAUUAGGAUUAUCAAAGAUAAUUUUAACUUGUGGAUACAACCUAAUCUAAAUCCAAAACCUAAGCAACUGAAAAUUCUCAAAUACAAACUCCAAUUUAACAUGCCCUUGAUUAAGAAUUACCUCAGUCCAUUAAUAAUGUAAAUAUCUACAUUUAUAUUUCACAGAUGAAAAUAUCCCUUCCUAUACAUCAAUAUUUUGAUCUUACUCAAUAAAUGCAGGGUUCAUCUGAUUCAUUAGCCCAGUCCAACUUUUAAGAGAAGGACAUAGAAGUCAUGGUUGAAAGGUAUUAGCAUUCUAAUCUAGAUUAAAUAACUGGUAAGCCAAAAAACUAGAAAGAGAAUAAUUAAUUGCUUAAGAAUACAAUAAUUAAUAAGCAUAAAUCUCUGGCCAUUCGUACAACUAACCAAAGUCGUAUUCGAACAUGUUUUUAAAUAUUUGA